AUGGGAUGCUCCGAGUGGGCACACCCUGAUGCCCACAGAGAUGACACCCCCUCCAUCAUCCUUCGCCUGAGCCCCAAAGCCAGCGGGGUGGCCCGGGGUGGGAAGGAGGGCUCCAGCGCUGCGGGUCCUGCCGCGGGCUCGCCCAGGCUGCUCGGCGUGGAAACCCAGAACAACACAAAUAGGAAACACAUUGGGGAUUACAUUCUGGCUUGUAUCAGGAAUAGUGGCCAGCAGGAGCAGGGAAGUGAUCGUGGCUCUGUACUGGGCACUGGUGAGGCCUCACCUCGAGUGCUGUGUCCAGUUCUGGGCCCUCUGUACAAGAGGGACAUUGAAGCGCUGGAGCGUGUCCAGAGGAGAGCUACCAGGCUGGUGAGGGGUCUGGAGACCAGGGCAUAUGAGGAGAGGCUGAGGGAGCUGGGCAUGUUUAGCUUGGAGAAGAGGAGGCUCAGGGGAGACCUCAUUGCCCUCCACAACUGCCUGAAAGGAGGUUGUGGAGAGGUGGGUGUUGGCCUCUUCUCCCAGGUGAAUAAUGACAGGACCAGAGGAAAUGGGCUGAAGCUGCGGCAGGGGAGGUUUAGGUUAGAUAUUAGGAAGAAUGACUUUACUGAAAGAGUGGUCAGGCGCUGGAACAGCCUGCCCAGGGAGGGGGUUGAGUCACCAUCCCUAGAGGUGUUUAAGAAACGUGUAGAUGUGGCACUUCAGGGCAUGCUCUAG